UGAAGGACAUAAUCUAAGGGUUCUUACGCAAAUAUAUUUUGCUUUAGGAAAUUUUGGAGAAGCACUAAAAAAUUUAAAUGAGUGCUUAAAUUUUGAACCUUAUAAUGAUCUAGGGCUUAUUCUUCGAGGAAUAAUUCAUUAUAAAAUGGAAAAUUUCGAGUUGCAUUAA